AAGUCCAGCGGAGAGUGUCACCCAGCUCUCGUCCGCUCAUUGGCGAAACGCGACGCCCGUCAAGAGGAGCCGUCACCGGGGGGGGGACAUUCCCUAUCCGCUCGCCCCUUUCCCGGAGCUCCAUUGGACCGAGCGGCUGUCAGUCGCGUCCCCUCCCGUCGAGCACCGUCCUCCUCUCCGGCUCCGUGUCUGCCGAGACCGCCGUCAUAUUGGUUGCUAGAAGCAGCAGCAGCAGCGACCACGGCGGGGGGAGAGGAGAAAAAAAAAAAAAAAAGGAAAAAAAAAAAAAAAAAAAAGACCCCCACCAUGAUGAAGAACGAGCUUCUGCGGCACUUUAAGACAAAUUAUGCUUUGAAAUAAUUUUUUUUAAAAUAGUAUUUUACUAAGAUAUUUUAACGUUUUCGGGAUGAUACCGUCAAGUAUCCGUGUACUUUUUGUGCUUUCAUCCGACGCCGUGGUCCGCGAGGGGGAUAUAUGCCUGACUUCUCUUAAUAGCCAUUUUUUGCAGACAAAGAGAGCUGUUGAAUAGGGCUUUCACCGGGCACAAGGGUCCCAGGGACUCUUAUUGAUGAAGAAGGUGGGCAACAUGUGGAGCAACCUGAAGAGCAGAUGCCAGACACUCUUUCACAACAACAGCCCAGAAGCCAGUGAAGGCAGCAGGGUCGAGGCGGAUACCGUCCACUGCGUGGUGGAUCUCGGUCUAGGAUGCAGCUCCGGUGAGACUCUGGCUUCAGGAGCCUCCAGCCCGUCGCGGAGCCUCCUGCCAGUGCCGGUGGUGACAACGGGACGGCGCCACCACAACCACAACUGCGUGUCGGACAUCCCCCAGAUCGUGGAGAUCACGAUCGACAAGGACACCGAAGAUGUCCGAGGGGGGCCGGGAGGCGUCCCGCUGGCCCGGAGAGACUCCUAUUCCCGCCACGCUCCGUGGGGGGGCAAGAAAAAACACUCGUGUUCCACCAAGACCCAGAGUUCUCUGGAGGCCGACAGGCGGUCCGGACGCUUACGGGGGAGCGGGAACCGCAGGGACAGGCGUUACGGAGUCAGCUCCAUUCAGGAGAUGAACGACUCUGUAUCCGGAUCGCGUAGUCUGAACGCUCGGUCUUUGCGUCAGCGGCUGAGCGACACGGUCGGGCUGUGCUUACCCCUCCCUGCGCGCAGACGCUCCCGCUCCGCUAAGAACCCCGUAAGCUCCAAACGUAAGAUCCACCUGACGGAGCUCAUGCUGGAGACCUGCCCCUUCCCACCGGGCUCGGACCUCGCUCACAAGUGGCACUUGAUCAAACAACACACAGCACCAGUCAGCCCUCAUUCCUCCACUGCACUUCUGGAUGCCUUUGACCCAGCUCACCCCUCUCCCGAGGACGAGGAGGAACGACUGCGCGAGCGCCGGCGACUCAGCAUCGAGGAAGGUGUGGACCCGCCACCUAAUGCACAGAUCCACACCCUGGAGGCCUCAGUGCCAGGCUCCUCUCUCUACAAACUGGGACCAAAGAUGGCUCCUGGCAUGGGAGAGGCCUCGGGGGACAGCCGGGCGUCGACAUCUGGCCUCUCCGUGGCUUCCGGAUCAACAGGAGCCUGCGUGCAGGUGUUAGGGGCUGCAAAGCCAGCCCAGGACUGUGACUCCGAGGAGGAUUCAACCACCUUGUGUUUGCAGGCCAGGAGACCAAAGCAGAGGCACGCCUCUGGAGACGGUCACCUAAGUCGGCAGCAACCUGGGCCCUGGAAGGUUCACACUCAGAUAGACUACAUUCACUGCCUGGUGCCAGACCUAUUACAGAUCACAGCUCUGCCCUGUUACUGGGGCGUAAUGGACCGCUACGAGGCAGAGGCGCUGCUGGAUGGACGGCCAGAGGGCACCUUCCUGCUGCGUGACUCAGCCCAGGAGGACUAUCUCUUCUCCGUUAGCUUCCGCCGUUACAACCGGUCCCUGCACGCACGCAUCGAGCAGUGGAACCACAACUUCAGCUUCGACGCCCACGACCCGUGCGUUUUCCACUCUUCUACCGUCACGGGACUGCUGGAGCACUACAAGGACCCCAGCGCCUGCAUGUUUUUCGAACCGCUGCUCACAGCACCUCUCCAUCGGACCUUUCCCUUCGGCCUGCAGCACCUGGCACGAGCCGCCAUCUGCCGCUGGACCACUUACGAUGGUAUAGGCUCUCUGCCGUUGCCCCCUGCCCUGCAGGACUUCCUCAAGGAGUAUCACUAUAAACAGAAAGUACGAGUUCGCUGGCUGGAGAGGGAACCGCCACUCAAGGUCAAAUAGGGCGGGCUUCUCCACUGCCUGUGCACACACACACACUGCAGGAGGAUUAUAGAACUUUAGAAAUUCCUCGUUGGCCAACUGGAGGCUGUACUAACAUGGCUUUCUUUUUGGUGGGGGAUGGAAUUUAAGUGUAACAAGCUAUACAAGAUUCAUUCUAAUCUUUGUUUUAGUUAUUACUUACAUCACAGAAAAAUACAUAUGAUUAUAUUCAGUAUAAUGCUGUCUGGCAAGCACAUGUUUUUUGUGUUCAACAGGUUGUUUUUGACGGGAGGGGAAGGCACAAAUAUCAGCGCUUUGUGUCUUUUCUCUCCUGCUUUUGUGCUAAAUGUCUGCCUGAUCCCACAACAUCACCCCUGCCUGUAGACCUGCCUGCAUGCCCCCCCCCCCGUUCAUCCCAAACUGCUAUUUAGGCUCACAUACAGUAGCUACAUUGUACAGCUCACUUUGUGCUCUCUCUAUUUUUUCUUUUCUUUAGUUUUUUUUUUUUUUGGCCAAAGCACCUAGUAGAGCACCUUUUAAGAAGAAGAAGAAGAAGGUGUGUGUGUGUGUGAGUGUGUGUGUGCGUGAGUGUUGUUUGAGAGGGCAUCUGGAGGUGCAAUUGGCAUGUUGACGUCAGAGCUUGUCCCAUGGACAUAAGGCACAUUCUUCGCACAAAUUAGCAUCAGCUAAGCCAGAGAUGAGGACAGGUUCUGUGAGGGUCCAUAGAGUUCAGGACAGCACGUCAGGGAAAGUGACUACGGACUUAAAAAGAACACAAGUUCUUCCUAAAGUAGUAAUGAUGAGUGAUUAAUAAUAAAUACAUCGAUCUACUGUGUUGUCCUAUUUAGUGAGCAAGCAAAACAUGUCAGCUUUAUUCCCCCCCCCCCCCCCUGAGCUCAUCUUCAUACUUGUCAUAGCGGUUUCUCUCUCGGUUCUUCACUGGCCACGCUUGGUUCAGCUCCGAACGCCCUGUUGCGCAUAUAUCCACACAUUUCAGAUUUCAGCGCUUCCCAAAUGAAAGUUUGGGGAGGUCGCUGUCUUUAGCUUUACCGUCUCUCAGUUCCCUCAAGUGUUUGUUGGUGGUUUCUUGCAUACAGAAAGCUGUGACCCCCGUAUACGAAGGCUAAACGUUUCAAACAUCGGUGCAGCCAGCUGUGCAAGUCUUCACAGAGGAAUUUAUAAUAACGUCACGUGCUUGUUAAAAUAGGAAAACUCCCAGAAUUAGGUGGCAAACGUCCUGAAGAAUUCUGUCACCGACAGAAGAAGGUGUUACUUUUUUUGGGGGGGGGGGUUGGUGGACCGAGCGUCCGGUUUAUUUCAAAAUUAACUGUAACCUAUGUGCCUUUUUUUUAGAUAUCCAUUUGUCUUGUUCCAUUAUCAGUUGCUUCGUGCUGCAAACCAGGAACAAGUGGUGCUUCAACACAGUCCACUCGAACGCCAUCAGAUGAGACUGAAGCGAAUAAUAAUAAUAAUAAUAAUAACGAAAAGGUGCAUGAGCUCCGAGCUCAGUUACAUAAUUGUGUACAUUAAAGAUUAUUUUAACGUUUUAGUGGUGCUACGUUGAUAAACACUACGGCAGAUGACUGGAAUAGCUGCAUGCAUUAGUCAUUCUAUAUGGUCGUAUUAGGUUGUUACCGGGUCCAAUGCCAGCCGUGAUGCUGUAGCAUUUUUCAGUGGAACAUAUCAAUGUCCAGCCCUCACAUUUAUAGGUCCUAAUGUGCAACUUGACAAACCGUUCUAGUGGGUGGACAUGAAGGUUAACUCAGGUCCUGAUGAGUGAAUUCCCAGCUCGGCCAUCACGGUUAAAACCAGGGUUUUGUGCUAAGCCUCCGCUCAGUUGGGAAGCAGUUUAGGGACGUCCCCGGUCCAUCGUAUCAUUAUGAGGCUCCAGCCAAGCCCGAUCUAUUAUGGUUAUUUAUUUGAGCUUUCACCAUGUCCCCGUGGUGUCAAAAUGUCUUCUGUUUUAAUGGCUGGCGUCAGAGCUGCCAAAAAGAAAACGGAGACGUAGAUUUUUUUUUAAAUUGUGCAAUGUGGAUGUUUGGUGAGGAGGUGGUAGGUGAUCAUCAAGUUUACUCGUCAACAAAAAAAAAUAUUUAAACAGAACAGAAUAGGAUAAAUAUUAGAGGUUUACGUGAGUUGGUUACCAGCACAUUUCAGUGGUAGAGAACAAAGGCUUUUAACAUUGUUGGAUCUGUUUGACAGCCCUAUUUAUUGCACUUAAUCCAGCCCCACGAUGAACACGUGAUCCAUGAGAAUAUGUUAACAUCGGAUCGGCCGAUACUCGAUGUUAAAACAGAGAGUAUCAGAUCAAAAAACUCUUGAUUGGGACGUCCCGAGCAGCGUUGUCCCCUCCACCGUGACUCUUUCUUGUUUCAGUCUGAUGAGUCUGAUGAUUCCUGUUUCCCCAUCGCCUCGUGCACACGAGCGUGGGAGGACGAGAUCGUUUGAGUCAGCGCGGUGAUUCUCCUCCACGUUCAUAGAAAGAGCAGAAAUGGAACUGAUUAACCGGGAAGUGUCCGGAUGACAUCCCACCAGUGAUACGUAAAACAAAACUGUUUCAUUCGAAACGUGCGCACGGUCACGACGCCUCUGACGACCGUCGAGUGCUUUUAUUACACAUGUGCGUUCACUCAUCUGUCCGCCCACGCGCGGCCGUGCGCUCAUCACUGAGGACGAAUCGCAAACAAAUGACGUCUCUUUUCCCACCAACAUCCGUCUCUGACCAAAGUUCUGCAUGUGUUCACUAAUGGCAUAUACGCUCGUUGCUGUAUUCGGAGGUGUUGGCUAAAUUAUAUCAUAAUUUUACAAAGAAAGUUAAGGCUGGUUCCAUAGUGCGGGAUCUAAAUCCUCUUCCACACACACACACACACACACACAGACGGGGGAAGCCCUUACAUUUUUAUUUCCCAGACCCGGAGGAGCAGUAUGUGAGGAGGCACAUGUCCGAAACAGUCAGAGCAGACGUGAAACGGACUUUAGCCUUCCAGCUAUCUGGCACAAAGUCUGUGUAUUGUCCAUUUGAGCCUGUGUGUGUGUGUGUGAGAGAGAGUGAGAAGAAGGCAGGUAAUUGCCUGGAGAAUUCACAGAGAGCAAGUGAGUGCGUUGCAGACGUCACACACUCUUUUGUUGAUAUAUGCAGAUCCACCUAAAAGCAUGUAGUUUUGAUAUCGGUGCAAAAACAAAUCCUCCUCCUGCACAAUAUAAACCAGACGCUGACUUCAGAGUUCACAUGCAAAAAGAACAGCUUGAGUCCUCUGGCUGUUUUUUCUUGCACCUGCACCCUUAAUUCAUCAGUACAUACAUUUCCUCUUUAGUCAGCAGGUGUUUUUUUUUAAAAUGUAUCUCAUCUUGAAUAUUUGCUUUUUCCGCCACAGUGUGAAAUUGUUAUCUCCGUUAUCCCCCCCCCCCCACACACGCUUUGUUUUCUCAAUUUAAAGCGUCUCUUUCUGCACGUUGAAAUCACCUACAUGUGUUUAAAAAGUGGCGGGCGCGACUGUGAAGAGGAAGGGAAUAUGGCUGACACUUGAGUUGCUUGCAUUUUGCACUUUGAUCUUUCAGGAUAAUUAGCAUCCACACUGAAAAAAAAAAUAUAUAUUUAUAUAUAUAUAUCUUGAAAAAACCCACACACAUCAUGCUUUCCUGUCGCCACCUGUCCAUCAAGGGGGUUGCCUAGCGAUUACAGUGCCCCCCAUCCCCACACAAAGGCCCUGGUAACUUUGCCGUGUUGGGAUGUGAAUCAGCUGGGUGCUAUUAGUGCUACUCUGUUGCCUUACGGCUGCUGUGUGACUCAAGGAGGCCUUUUUUUUAAUUAUUUUUAUCAUUAUUAUAAUUACAUCCAACAGCGCUCUCCCCCCCCCCCCCCCCAUCGGACCACAUCCCUCACUUAACUGCUGAUGUGGAGCGAACUUAAGGCCCGUUUGUUUUCCGACUCCCCCAUUCACUCCCGUCAGGGCGAUGCCAGGCCCAAAGUGAACAUUAAGGAGCAGGAGGAGGAGGAGGAGGAGGAGAGGUGGAGCCCUGGCUUCCUGUGGUGGCGGAGGCACGCCUCGCAGAGAAGGGCAAGGGAUUUGUUGCAGAAGUACACGGCACUUUAAUUGUGUAUUUGCGUUUCUACGGCGCAGCCUGCAGGUAUUAGGACGGAGACACGUGUUGUUGUUGUUGUUGCUCGGUCUUUCAUUUCAGCGCAUUUAUGAAAUGGUUAAAAGGGGCUUUGAUGUGAAAUAAGUGCGUUUCCUUCACACGCCCAGUGCGAAUUUGAAAUCCCUCAGAGAUGCCGAAAGAAAGAAAGAAAGAAAGAAAAAGAAAGCUGUGUAAUAAUUGUUCUAUUACCAGUGCGCUGCACUACAGAGCCAGCUGUAUGUAUGUGUGUGUGUUUGUGUGUGUGUGUGUUUUGGCUCAAGCUGGGGCGAGCGUUACCAAUAAAAACCCGGUUAAUCCUGAAACAUUUCACUUAAAUUCAGACGGUGUGAAAGCUGCACCACCGGAGGUUUCGCUGCAGACGCGUGCGUGUUGUUGUGUGGGAGUGUGUUAAGUGUACGGAGGGUUUUUUACCCCGUGGCGGGAUGCAGAGAGUGGACUGUGAGGGGUGAUAACCGAUUAACUCCUAUGAACAAUGCUCCUCUGCGCCCCCUUUCCCCCCCACCACCACCUCGACCCCCCCGCCGCCCUCAUUCUCAGGCAGAGUCCCAGGACCCUCUCAACCCAGUUUUUCCCCAUGGGAAAUAUCUGACAUUAACAUUAACCGUAGCACAUGUUUGCCAUGUAACCCGUAGACUUAGAGAAUAAAAACAAACAUUGUACGUGUGAUGAAUGAUGGAUUUGUGUAAUAGGCUGAUGAAAGGACAUUUGUAUUCCUCUGUGGUGCGUAAACUAUCUGGAGCGCACACACACUCACACAGUUGCGCGCACACACACACACACGCUUCUUCUGACACCUGCACUACCCCAGGUAUUGACACACCCUCCCACAGCCCAACCCCCCGAGCCAGCGAUGUGUAAACAUGGACCACAUUUAGCCAGCGCCACCUUUCUGUGUGACUCCCCUUAAAUAAAAAAAAUAAAUAAAAAAAGAAAAGGAGGAGGGGGGGCAGAAAUGGAGGUUUCUGUGUUUAAUCUUCUUAAUUCAAACAAAUGACGUGGAUUCUAUUUUUAUUUUUUAUUUUUUUGGACCCAAUAUUGUCGUUAGACACUUAUUUAGCUGCACUACGAGAGCCUCAUUUGUGGCAGGAAACCACUGGGCCUGAUCUGGAGUGAAGACAGGAUGGUUGUGCCACUAGCUGCCCCCUUUAGCAACAACAACACCACCACCCCUGGAUGUAGGACUCCCCCGCCUCCUAACCUCCCCUCCACCCCCCUCCACCUCCACCUCCACCUCCACCUCCUCCACCUCGGUACGACUCAUAGUUUUAAACCUUGCAGAAAAAAAAAAAGAAGAAGAAGAAGAGAUAUUUAAAAUAAAUUGUGUUCCCAUAUAUAUUUUAGAGAGCUGGGUUAAGUUCUAUAUGCAAACAAGAAAAAAAAAGAAAAAUGUAUGAAAGAAUUAUUAUUUUUCAUUAUUACUUCACCCUAAUAUGCAAUGGAGUGUAGUGUAACAAUGGUUGCAAUCCUCUGUCACUUUAAUGCUGUAUGUGCACAUUGGUUGCUGUGUGGAUGUGGGUGCCGAGGCAACAGGACUUGACAAUGAUGGGAACUAAUGGUUGUCACUCCGCAGCACUGCCGUGUUCCCACACUGCCUUAUUCGUUCUGGCCAAUCACACAAAAAAAAAAGAAAAAAAGAAGCCCCUUUAAAUCCGGGGGCCACGGGCUGAUUGACCGAGCUGAAUAUCGCCGUGUUCUGUGGUGUGUCUGCUUUUUUUCCUCACUUUACUUUCCUCUUUUUUCUUUUUUCCUUUUCUUUUUUCUCUCCUUCUGGUGUCAGGUAGGAUUUGGAGCGUGUAAAUGGCAUAAUCAUGUUCACAUUUCACUGUCCGCUCUGUGUUAUCUGCUUCACCAUUCAAAGAGGAAGAUUUAAAAAAAAAAAUAAAAUAAAAUAAAAUAAAUAAAACUAAAAAAGUUGUUUUCCAGUAUAACCUGUUCAUUUUUAAGAGCUGUAUGAUGCGAAACUUGUAGCUGUCACACUUGGUGCUUGGCUUAUGCUUCAUUGUCUUAAUAUUCCAAAUAAAACUGUUAAGUGUAAUCCACACUGGCCCAUGAUAUAA